AUGUUAGACUCAACUUCUCAACAAAAAAGCCCAUUUAGAUCACCCACAAAACAACGUAUGGAGGUCAUAGGAACAGUCAAUGCCUCUCGUUUUUCAUUUUCUCCUGUCAAGACACCUAACGGGAGAGCUGGUCUAUUGUCCCCAGAGAAAAGAUCAAUUAAUGACCUUGACAAAUCUGCGAGAAAAAGAGCCAAGAACAGCAUAUAUAACCGAAUAAUGGAUGAAUAUCUGGACACAGAUGAUUAUUUGAAUGAAAAAGAUAGGAUAUUGGCUGACCGAAUUAUCAAACAGUCUAGAGGAGAGCAAGACUACGUCAAUUAUGGAAGCGACGUGGAGUUGGAAAUAGAUUUGACUCAGCAGAGAAGAACCAGAAGAAGAGUAAAGCAAGUGGCAUACUCUACUGAUAGUGGCGAUGAUUAUCAGGAUACAGAAGAUCUUUCAAGUGAGGAAGAGGAGGAAGACAACGAUAAUGGUGACGGAGAGGUAGAGUUUGUUUUUAGACCAUCUGUUGAAAGAAGCUCCAAGUUAUCAAACUCGCCACCAAAAGCAAAACCGAAAAAUAGUAUUGUGCGCCGAGCCAAACGAGGUAGACCAAGUAAGAGUGAGCUGGUUUUAGGUCAAAUAAAAAGUAUAUUCCAUCAAGAUGACGAGCUAUUUAGUACAGAUCGAAAAACGUUUACGCCAAGUAAACAAACCCAAGCAAAAAAGCCGACCAAAAAUUAUUUGACAUCUAUUUUUGAUCAAAAUUUUGAUAGAAGCACGGUGCCAACUCUAAGUGGAAUUCCCAAGUCCAAAAGUACGCAUCAAGAGAAGGAAACUUUCGAGCCACUUCCCAUCCCCAAUCUUGAUUCUGAUGGGAAUAUUGCCGACAAGGAGUAUAUUUUAAAGUACUUUGAUGGAAUUGACCCUGCAAAGUUCAAAGAAGGCAGGUUUAUGGAUGAAAAGGUAUUUUUUUUAGAAGGGCCAGAAGGGUAUUUUGAACAGCAAACCACCAGACUAAAGCAUAGUGGGAACUCUUUGACAGCAUUAGCGCCUCAGAUUGAUUACAGCGACUUUGCCAAAUUGGUAAAGUUGGGAGACAACCUUAGUUUCCAACAUAAGCGUGACCUUUUUGAGUUGCACAAGUUUGUCUAUCACCAAUGGUGUUUUGAAAUGUCGCAAGGCUUUAAUUUAAAUUUCUAUGGAGUCGGGUCAAAAAUUGAUAUACUCAAAGAUUUUGCUCUCAAUUAUUUCGGUAUUUGGUGGAAAGAUAUGAUAGACGCCGAUUUGCCAAAGAUCUUGGUAGUUAAUGGUUUCAAUCCUAGCAUUAAUAUCAAAAAACUAAUUCUCGAGAUUGCUUCUAUUCUUUUGCCAGACGAACUGUACCCAAAACAUAUAGCUGGAACUGUCCCAUUUGUGGUUGAUUUUUUGAACAACCAUAGACUGCCCUGUGGAAGUAUUGGUUUUCAUCACCCCAAAAUCUUGUUGAUUAUUCAUAAUCUUGAUGGGGAAGUUUUUAGAGUCGACAAGACACAGACACUUUUGUCACAAUUAAUGGCCUUACCAGAGGUGUGGGCAAUGUCAUCCACUGAUCACAUUAAUGCGUCGUUAUUGUGGGAUCUGUCGAAACUAAAAAACUUAAAUUUCAUUUGGCAUAAUCUCACGACAUAUUCUACUUAUCAACGGGAAACAUCAUUCAGAGAUGUGAUAAGUUUAGGCAAAUCCAAGAAAUUUGUGGGUGGCCUAGGUGCCAAGUUCGUCUUGCGCUCGCUUACAGACAACCAUCGAAACCUAUACCGCGAGCUAUUGAUUGCACAAUUAGAUAAUAUGGAGAAGCUCGUUCCUUCGGCUUCUGGGAGAAUGGGGAUGAAAGGUAAUAUUAAGGUUGCAGUUGAAUUGAAGAACCUAUACAAUACUUGUUUGGACGAAUUCAUCACUUCCAACGAGAUGAAUUUUAGGACAUUUUUAAAAGAGUAUAUUGAGCAUAAAAUGUGUCAACUAGUAAAAGAUUCUUCAGGAGUCGAGAUGAUAUUCAUUCCAUUCACAUAUGAGGAGAUACAGAACAUAUAUAAACAAGAGUUUGAUGUAUAG